AUGGCACAAACAGGCGAAUCACCACAGGGCACUACCAAUAUUACUACUAAUAAUACUAAUACUACUAAUAGUAACAGUACUGGUAAUACUACCGGAGAGCGGUUUCCCUGUUGUGUUACGGUGGAGGAUAUUAGUGUAUCCCUCACUGCCGCGGCAACACCGUCUAUAGUAACUUCUUACUGGGAUGAAAUUCGGGUUGUGAUGAGGCGGGAUGGUGUCACUCAGUGUACACGUUGGCUAUCACCAUCCAUGGCAUUCCAUCAUGUUUGCAAUACAACAACAACAACUGCUGGUAAUAGUGUUAAUACUAUACCAAGUGAGAAGGGAGAUGGGAUAACAAGUGAACCCCAAUCGUUAUUAUCACAAUCACAGCCAACAUUAGAUGUACAAUGGUCCUCUAUUAAUACAGUUGGCUUUAAUGUACACUUUCGGUAUUUAUUAGGCCAGAGUGUGGAUCACUCAUUAGAUCCCGGUUAUCAACGUGCGGUGUACUCUUCCAAUAUAAAGUAUCUGGAUGCAUACAACACAGACACUGCUGACCGAGUACGGCCAAAGGUAUCUCCUAAAACUAUACAUCCCUUUAUAUUUACAGUUGAAUGUCGAAAGAAGGAAAAGGUGUUGGAUCCUGCACGUGCUCAAGAUGGUGAACAACGACCUACGAGUGCAAGUAUGGAAGCUUUCGCUGCAUACUACGCGAAGAGUAAAUCCAAAAUGUCUGCUUUUUUAAAAAAGGUAUCAGCAAAGUUAAGUGUAGACUCUACACAUGAAAAAGAUGGAGUUGAAAAAAAGAACUCUGGAGAACGGCCACAAAAGCAAGAUCAUUAUGAAACGAGUGAAGUUCCUUUUGCAGUAUAUGUUUGUACUAGUACCAGUAAUAGUAAUAGUAAUAGUACUAGUAGUGGUAUAGAUCCAAGUGAAGCUUAUAAUGCUCUUGGAGGACAAAAACGAUUUUCUUUACCUUUACAUUCCACAUCUUCACAUAUUCCCUCAGAUGCCAAGUGUGUACCCGUUAUGUUACAUUUUACCAUGAGAGCACAUCUUAAAGAAUCUUCACCCUUAACAACAAUUCCUUUACGUAAUUAUCAUGAUAUGGUGAUUUUAGUUGAUCAAGUUCUUAUAGAUGUAAUGAAUGCAAAAGGGAGUCGAGUUACAAAAAAUGAUUUGGUUCCAAAAAUAGUGGAAUCUUAUGCAUUUGGAUUUACAUCUAAUACCGCAUAUACGAAUGAACUUAGUUUUCGUUCUCCAUUUCUUAAGCCACCACCUAUUCGUGUAGGAGAAGAUGGAGGUGUACGUCCAGUGGAUUUCUCUUUACUACAUCCUUCUCAGGAUGAACACCUAUUAACAGCAUUAGAUAUAGCUAAAAAUCCAACCUCUAUCUGUAUUGUUUCUUCUGAAUGUAAAAAUGGGAAUAAGAAAAGGAUUGGAAAUCGUGCUGUUUCUAUUUCACGUUUUAAAACAGCACGGGAUGGACUUUGUAAACCUUCUUAUAAAUCUCAAUUAGUGAUGGCACUUAUUCGUCGUUUUACUACUGGAGAAGUGGAAGUGGAAAAGUGUGCAAAUCCUAUUGAUCUUGCUUCUAUUAUUAAUCAAGAAUACUACUUUGAUGGCGUUCGACAGUUGGAAUUUUCUCUAGGAGAAUAUAUGAGUUUUAGGAUUCGAAGACGUUGUUUUAAAGAUGCUGAAAGAUACAGAAGUGAGUUACUUAUGCCAUUUGAUUAUGAUAAUAGUGGUGUUAAUUGUGAUGAUCUUGAUAAGGAUGAGAGUUCAGUAUUGUUUAAUUCAGAACAGUUCUCUAAAGGAUUAGUUGCAGAAGCUACAUCUUCUCAACAAGAUCAAGAGGAUGAACAGCAACAACAACAACAGGAGAGUAAUCAGAAUAACCAAAUGAAGUUUAAGGAUCCUAUUGGUUUUGAUGUUCCUAAUGUUAUUUCAGCUGAUUCUGGUUUUGAGAAAAUAACUACUACUAAUAAUACUACUACUACAUUAGGGUCUUUAAAAAAAGAAAAAGAAGUCCCUUCUGUACAGCGUUUAACUGACGAUGUAUUAACAUCAUACAAUAACUACGAGGAUCAGAGUUAUCAGCCAUCUGAAAAGACGAAUUUGGAGACUAAUCAUGAUAGAGAGGAACAAAGGAAAAGGUUAAAUCUAUAUAAUGAGAAGAGUAAGAGUGAUGAAGUUAAUAUGGAAUCAUUAGCAAGAACAACAUCAUCAUCAUUAGUAGUAGUAGUAGAAACGGCAGGAGUAAAAACAAUAACUUCUCCUGAAUACAAGGAAAUAUUGAAUCCCUUUGAAACAGGAAUAAAUCCUUUUAAUUCUUUGUUGAAUCACUCAACUUUGGUAACAAAUGAUGAUUCCCAUGGAGAAAACAGUAUUGAUUAUUCUUUAAACCCUACGCGUACGGAUGUUGUCUUUAGUUAUAAUUCUAAUAAAGAGGAUAUUACCCAAACAACUAAUCCAAUUAUUUCAUUUGCACCAUAUUCAUUUCAAGAGGAAAAUAACCAAGAAGAAGAAGAAGGAAAGCAACAACAAGAAACAAAAGAGAAAAACGCUAAUACUGAUAAUAACAUUACGUUCGUACCAAACGCAGGGAUGUGUACACUUGAGGUUGAGUAUCAAGGAGAUAUUGGAACGUCAAACAUUCAUUAG